CCAGAUCUGGGGGAGGAGGAGGAGGAGAGGAGGGAGAGAAAGUCUCAAGAAGCAAAGGGGGGACACAUAGACUAGAGAGAGAGAGAGAGGAGAAAAUGCAAGCACUUCUUCUGCCUCCUCCUGAAUCAGAGAGCCCAGCUUGCCCCCCUCAGCAGGCAGCAGCAGCAGUGCUGCACAGGCACAUACAUACUGCAUGCCACUGAGUUUGCAUCUUCCUUGGCACCAGCUCUGGAGGAGCCACCACAGCCUGGCAGAGGAUUCCUUGCAUCCCACUCACACAUUUGGAUGUUGACUUUUUUUUUUUUUUUUUUUUUGCAUUGUCUGUGCAUCUGCAUUAUCCAUUUUUUUUUUUGUGUGUUGCAAAUGAUUUUUGGGUUUGAUUGAUCAGCACUUAUUCCCUGUGCACCCCUACUGCCUGCAAUCAGCGCUUGAAAACACCUUUUAAGAAAGGGAGACUUUGGAUCUAUCUGUGUUGCAGCAGCAGGACAGGGAUUAGAUCUUGCUGUACAUUCUGUUUUCUUCUUCUCUUCCUCUUCUUGCAUUGCAACCAUGGAUGUUUUGGCGAGUUACAGCAUAUUCCAGGAGCUGCAGAUUGUGCAUGAUACGGGCUACUUCUCAGCCAUGCCAUCCCUGGAGGAGAAUUGGCAGCAGACCUGCCUGGAAUUGGAGCGGUACCUGCAGACAGAACCAAAGAAGAUAUCUGAGACUUUUGGGGAAGAAUUUGACUGUUUCUUAAACGGCUCUAUCGGCCCGGGGACAGAUGGCUGCGGCCGAAAGCUGGACCCCAUUGUAAUUCCUUUGGACAUUAGCGCGUAUGAGAAGCGCCCCAGUAUGGACCUUUUGCUUUCUCAAGACAAACUUCUAUCCGAGACCUGCAUCAGCCUUCAGCCUGCCAGUUCCGCUAUGGACUGUUAUACGUCGGUAAAUCAGGCGCAGCUUAAUGCGGUGACGUCGCUAACGCCACCCUCUUCCCCAGAACUCAGUCGGCAUCUGGUCAAAACCCCACAGUCCCUUUCUGCUUUGGAUGGAACCGUGACUUUAAAACUGGUGGCGAAAAAGGCUUCUAUUAGUUCCGGAAAGGCCGCGGAGUCUUCGUCGGCCGCCAUAACGACAAAAUGCGGUCUCAGUGAUGGCGAGGCUGGGAAUGGAGGAGAAGCCUCGCCUGAAAAUAAGAAAAGGGUCCAUCGCUGUCAGUUUAAUGGCUGCAGAAAAGUCUACACAAAGAGUUCACAUUUGAAGGCGCACCAGAGAACGCACACAGGUGAGAAGCCAUACAAGUGCUCCUGGGAAGGGUGCGACUGGCGUUUCGCCCGGAGUGACGAACUGACGAGGCACUACAGGAAACACACGGGUGCAAAGCCAUUUAAAUGCAACCAUUGUGACAGAUGUUUUUCCAGGUCUGACCACCUUGCCCUGCAUAUGAAGAGACAUAUCUAAGACACUUCAAAGCAGUAACCGUCCUUGGGAGGACCAGGGGUUUGCAUUGAACACUUGUGUUUAUGUCCAUGUUAUUUGGUGGAUAUAGAGAACAUUACUACAUGUAAAACUCUGUCCACAAAAAAUCCAUAUCAACUGUUCAUGCACCGUCACAUGCGGAAAUAUACAAGAUAAGUCUGUUAUGCCUUACCCCACGGCCUGAGAGAGGUGCAGAAUGGUAGAGAGUUCAGCGAUUAACAACCGGUUGCAUACCGGGCACUCUUACACAUUACGGUGGAAACCAAGAUGUUGAGACUUCCUGCAAGCAGACGGUCACCUUAACGAGCUCUGAAGAACUCACUUUAUUGAAACUCAGAAGCUGCUAAAAAACAAAAACAAAAAAAGUCACCUUCGAGUUGCAUCGUUGUAGCACUAAUAUUUUUCUUUUAUACUGUUACUCAAGAGACAGAGAGAAGAAGAAUUUCGAUCUAGGACACCAAAACUCCGUACUGGGUAACGUUUGUGUCUGAAGAGUUCUAGAUCUGCCAGGAACCUUUCAACUUGUUGGUCUCCUCUGGUUUGGCCUCAUUGCAGAGCUUCUGAGAUAUUUUUAACUCAAUGCCGUAGGCCUUACAGGCUCUGCUUCGGUGGGGUUAAAACAGACCAUUUCUGCGAUGGUUAGGUCUGUCUUUUAGAAGGACGUGGUGGAUGGAGGAGCACUCAUAGAAUUCCCCAACCUUAUUUAUUUUUUACCUUUUGUUGGCUGUUGUACACCUUAUGCACUAGGAACUUGUUUAAAGCCGCUGAUACUGACUGAAACGGGAGCUCGUUUUCCCACCACCAGUGUGCACACUUCCAAAGGUUGAAUGACCUUUCAUUUUUUUAUUAUUAUUUUGGUGAUUUCUAUUUUUUUAUGUUUUGUUCAUUUGAAAGGCUCGUUCAGAGCACUGUUUUAUUUCCUUUUGUCUAUGGACAUGUAUCCUUUUGAACUUUUCAAUCUCCAUCUGGACACUUGGCUUGAAUUGGACCAGCAACCAAGACUCUGCUCCUGACAUCUAACGGACAGCAAGCCUUCUCCCACUAAACUUUCCGAUCCUUGUGCUUGAUCAUUGACUUCUACUCCUAACAAUAUAACUAGUUAGAAACUUGAUGUUUAUUUCCAGAGCAGCUGCAUUUUGUACUAAAUAUAAUGUUUUGAGUGUCUGAAGACAUCAACAACAAAAAGCCAAAUAUAUUAAACCAUACAACAUUCGGUAAUGGAGGACACUUUAGGCAAGUUGAUUAGGACUAUUACUGGUCAAAGGCAGACCCUUCUUUGUUUAUUGAGGUCAUUCAUUGGAUAUGCUUAAAUAUAAAGUGUCCAAAUGGGUAAAUGUACUUCUCUUUCUUUAGCCAGGUUAUUGGUGGGUUUUUCUACAGAGUUUUGUUUUUUUUCCGAUAUUCCAAACUGCUGGUCUAAGGUUACCUUUCCUUGGUAAGAUCGAGAAUCCUAUGAAUCUAAUCUUAGCCCAUUAAUGCAUAGUUAACUAAAUAUCCAUGUACAUAAAAUUCAAGUCAGUUGUCAUUGGUCUUCACUCAAAGACCGCCAAUCAGACCAUAUUAUGGGGUCAAUACAAGUAGACGUGGUGGGGAACAGGUUGUAUAUUUUGUAUAUUCUGGGACCAUCCUUGAGCAGCUAGUAAAAUUGCACAUUUGAUCCCACUUUGUCCAGAUAAACACAGCUCUUUACCCCAGUUGGCUGGCAUCUUUUUAACUUGUUUUGACUCCUUGACUGUUAAGCAGAAAAAAAAAAAAAAUACAUAGAAAAAAUAAUAAUAAUAAAAAUAAAUAAAAAAAUAAAUAAAAAAAUGGAAAACCAUAUGAUAAAAAAAGAACACUAUCACCUUAAAUGUUUGUUACUUAAAGCAAAGGAAUAAAUUAAUAUUUUAUGGAGCAGCCGUGACACUUGAGGCUUUAAGCCUAAAGCUGCAGGUGGGUCAAGAAUUUCCGUUGGCUGAUCACUCUUGUUUCUAAAAAAAAAUAUAUAUUAUUUUUUUUAAUUCCUCUACAUAACAAUAAGAUGUGGAACUUGCCUAAAUAAAAUAGUUUCAUCCCUUUUUAUUAUUAUUUUUUUCCAUUAUUUUUAUUUUUUUUUAUUUCGUAGGGUGGGCUGUUCUAAAAUAACCUGAGACCAAAACCCAAGGACAUUUGGGGUGUUCAAAGAAACUGAUAGAAAGAAAGAGAAAAAGUUUGAUUCCAAAGAUUUAAAAAUGAAAAUGUACUUACUAUACCUAGAGCACUGCUUGUCGACAAUCCUCUCAGUCCUCUGCUUCUGCCUACUUGAUAUACAUAUUUUAAUGGUAUGGCCAUUUUAAUCGGUUUUUAAUAUUGUGAUCAAAAAAACAUUGGAGCAUUGAUACAAACAGUGUAAUCUUUAAAAUAUUAUAGUAAUGGUAAAUGCUAGUUUAACUGCAUUUCAAAAGGCACCUUUAUUGUACAUAUUUGUAUCACACAUAGUUUAUUGAGGAGCAUGUAGAACUCCGUUGAAGAUGGUUCUGUCCACUCUCUUCCCACCAGCUUAAGUAUACCUUUUGCGUAUGCAAAUUUUAGAAUAUGGAACAUAAUUUUACACUUAAUAUAUUUUUUUUGCCCAUAAAUGACAUUGUUAUAAGAAUAGUUUCUUUUGGGGUCUUAUAGCACUAUCUCAAGGUCUUUCCAGGGUAUGAAUAUGUACAGUAGAUCAGUAUUGCCCUCCCACUUUUGCAGACACACAAAAGGAGAAGAAUAUUUAGAAUAUAAGAAUUCCGCUUUGUACGCUUCUAGGUCUAAGUAAUGACUCUUGCGUAAGGCGACCGUGCACUGCCUUUAGACCCUCACAUUUUUUAUAAAUGCGUCUUAAUGCUUAUGGGUAGAGUUAGUAACCAAAUUACAUUUUCUUUUGUAAAGCUAAUUGCAGUUCUGUAACAGGGUAAAAAAAUCCCAGUUUGGUGUCAUGCUUUGUUGUGUCUCUUUGGUCAAACUGGCCAGCCAAAAUCUUAUUGUGCAGACAGCUUGAAGAAUGUUAUUUUGCCAUAUAUGAUUUCUCAUCUUAAGCCGCAGUAGCGGCUUAAGUCACUAGCGUUGAAAUAGUUUGGUGUGUUUGAAUUGUGGGAGGCUAUGUAUAGAACACAAAAAAAGAAAAAAUACUAAUUGGAGAUUUAAUGAUCAAGUAAAAGAUAAUCACCACAUAUAUCAUCAAAAAAACCUAAAGAAAGUUAUUUACAUUCAUAUAUGUGGAUGUCUCAAGCAUUUAAGAGAACAGUAGACAUCUGCGAUAAAGUUGCGGUUAUUGGAAAUGUUGAUGUUUUGCGUGCACAAAAGACGCCUUGGGAUAAAUUUAGUAUCCAGUUUUUUUUUUGGGUUUGUUUUUUUUUUUAAGUUCAUUUUAUUCUAUCAAUCAUUCUAAAUUACUUUAUAGCAGAGUGAAAGGUCUAAACCGAAACAUCUGUUUAUUGUUGCUCCGCUCAAGCUCUUCAUUUUCAUCUUUAGUAUUAUGUGAUUUGUUGGCUGCUUUGUGCGUUUGUCCAGCACAUUGGAAAAAAGUUCCUCCUUUAAAUGUGAAAUAGUAUCUAUGCGAAAUGUUUGAUUGGCGUGUAGGGGCUUAUUCAAAGUCCCGACGCAAGUUGGUUGCACGUCGGUACUUGGCACACGCUAUGGACCCAUGCUGCGCAUGUGCAAUACAGUUCCUGCGUCGUUGGAUGCACUGUGGCUGCAGACUGUCAGUGAUUGGUGUUUAAGGGUGGGGAGGGGGGUGGCGAUGGGUGCCGAGGCCAGUAUCUUUGUCAGAAGACGGAGAUUCCCUGGCUUCUUUGUAGGAACUGCGGCGGCAGGCUUGGUGACCCGAUGUUGCGUCCUACUUAUGUCAGACGGCUCCUGCUGCAUUACCGUACUACUGCAUCGCUGCUGCUGCAGCAGUUCUAGUACGUCCGUCCACAUCUGACUCAGGGUCCAUAGUGUAUACUGUAUAUCCACCAUUUUAUCUGUAAUUGUCUAAAGGUCAUAAUUAUUGCCGCCUGCUGAUUUAGCACAUGGUGGUGCAUUGAUGAGAUCUAGUAUUACUUGGUACUAUUUAAUUGAAUGUUGCGUUUCCUCACUCAAACACGUAUGUACAGAUAGCCUUGCUCAAUAUGCAACAAUGUUGCAACAUGUCUAGAUUUGGGGUUUGCAGGGAUUGCACAACAGCUUCCCAAUUUAGCAACUAUUUUUGCAGAAUCGUAUAUGGCAAAACAGCAAUGUAAGGUCAGGAUAACGUCUAAGCAUUUAUUAACGUUGCAUACUUGUAUAACUAGAAAAACCCUUAUUCAUUGCAAAGGCUAGGCGUCUCGCUGCAGUGUAUCCUAAAUCUGUCCCAUAGCUUUUGUGACCUCAACUAAUCCCUUUACAUUGGUGUAUGCCAAAACUGGUUCUGAGAAAUUUCAUUUUUGUUCCUCUCCCACAACAUAUAGAGCUCACUUUGCAAUUAAAAGACAAAACUUACACACAACAUUAGUUUGUAUUUACAUCCAACCCUUAGUAAAUUAUCUCCCUUUGCAACCUUCCUUAUGACCUGGGAUAGUUCCAGCUGCCAGACCACAGAAAAUUAGGCAGCGCCCCCUACAGUAUGUAGCAACCCCCCCGUCUGCAGUCAGCCAAGCUUUUCCUCUGCUUACCCAGUGUUGGUAUUGCACAGAUAAGCAUGACGUUAAUGUGGAAUCCACUACUCUCAAUCUGGCCAAUACAUGUUGGUGUGUAUUGGCCUUUGGUUGUAAAGAACUGGUAACACAACAAUUCCCAGCGGUAUCACGUUUUAGUCCUACUGUAUGUGCAUAUCACCAAGAACUAAUAGAGAACUUUCAGGAAGACAGUUUAUGUCAAGUCAAUUCAUGGAAAAUCUUUCUAAUUAGUCUUCGAUUAUUCUACAGAGUAGCCAGUGGCAUACGGCAAUCCAUGGCCUAGCUGAUUAAUAAUGUACUCUCAACAUAUUCAACAUUCCCAGUCCGGUUUAGGGGAAAAUUGCCAAUGUAUUAAGGGUUCACCCAUUUGAUGCUGGGGUUUCAUUCUUCUCCCCACACCCCCUUCCUAAAAUGAUCACUUUAAGAUGAUGCCUAGUGUAGUAUUCCAUAAGUGUUGCACUUUUUUUCAAAAUUGUAUUGAGAGCAGAUUAGCCGGGAAGAUGGCGAAUCCGCCGCCUUCCCUGGGAUGAAUGAAUGGGACUUGCGUGAUUUUGUAAAAUCAAUUAGUAGUCGAUCGUGGUAAGCAGAUAUUUGGUGAGAGGGGGAUACUUCUGCUGCCUUAUUUUUGAUCCCAAGGAUGGCGUUGUCUAGUUGUAUAUGGUAUGUGGUUUGUUUUUUUAUUAACCCCUUAAUAUAACAGAAGCGUCAGCAAUGCAAUGUAUUGCCUAGUCUUGCGGCACUGGAAAGCGAACACAGAAUAAUUCCUUGAAACGCUCCCUAUUUUAUGUGUUCAAAGAAAAAAAAAGUUGGAGACCAUUCAGAAUUUUUUGUAAUAAACUGUUAUAUCUGUAAAGGAGCGGACUAUACUGUUAUACUGUUAUACCGUAACUACGGUCUUUCCUAGAACUUAUUUAGUGGUGACAGCUGGUGUUUUGUGGGUAGUUUUGCGUUUUAUAUCUGCUAAUACAGUUGCACCCAACUUGUGGUUUAUUUAAUCUAGAAUCCGAUAUAUAAUUUUGCCAAAGUUGUUCUGACAAUAGAAGGAUGUGGCAUCACAAACGUUUACUUUGUGUUGCUUCCGUAUCGUGUUCAGUCCAAUGUGCUUUCGUCAUUUAAUUUAUACGGUAGAAAAGUUGUUAAAGUUCUCUAUAUCAGACGUAACUUUCAGGGCAGUUCGGAGUCUCCGUGUUUCCUUCCAGCGGUGAAACGUUCGCUAGUUCUUUUUUCCCCUCUUCAGAAGUUGGUAAUGCCACAUUAAAAUUCUCUUCUUCAGUAUCAACCACCAAAUGCCAUCAUUUUAUUAGUUCAAGAAAUAACUUGCCCUGUUGUAUAUUCUUAGUCUCAUAUUAUAAUGUUAUGAUUCACGUUGAUGAUACCAUUUAGUUAACUAUGACCUGUUCUUUAAAGACCAAGUACAUUAUUUUCACAGAAAACUUUUUGAAGCGUCUGAUAAAUGAACCCGUGAAGUUUUAUCAGCCACCAUCUGCAAUGUAUUCAUUAAUGAGCAAACGGAAGGAAUCUUUUAGAAAACUGCACAUUUUCUGUAAAAUCAUCAUCAGAAUUUUUAAAAUGAUUCAUUUGUAGCCUUUUACUAGUCCUAGCUCAGUGAAUGCUCUACACACAUUUCUGGUACUAAACAGGGUUUUUUUCUUCGAAGAUUUAAUCAAAUGAGAUAAAUUCAACCUUUUUGUUUUUACAUGAUGCUUUUUUGGUUUGCUAAAAGGCGUCACCGCUUGCUGGCGAUCUAAACUUUCUUAUUCAGGACCAAAAACAGCUGCAGAACUGUAAUGCAUUUAUCAAGGUGGCUAUAGUGAGAAGAGCUGAUGUUUUAUAGGAUACGUUUGCAGUUAAUAUUGUUGAUUAAGCCAGUAAUUGUAUGCAAAGCGCUUGUUACUGAAUAUAUAGAACUAGGAAUAAAAAUAAUGUAAUGACCUGUGAAGUGAUUGCUAUACACAAUAUCAUUAUUACAGAUGACAAAUUAUAGUCCAUUUAGAUAAGUGGACCAUAAAUUGCCCUAAGGCUCGGUGUAGCUUCAGUAACUUGGUCCUUGAUGUGUUUCCUCCCUCUAUAUUGCCAAGAUGUAUUGAUAAUUUGGAUUGCACAUUGUGAAAGCACUAGUGUGCUUAAAUAUAAAAAUGCAGAUAUGGAAAAAUUCUGAAUGCUUUUCAAACUUGGGGGGAAAAAAAUAGCUUGAAGGAAUUUAAUUUUGCACUAUAAUUUUAGGAUUUUUCGGUCUUAUUUUGGCCAGGCGUGUCGAACAAGUGCUUAUGGAGAGACCCUCAAUUAUAUUCUCUCAGGCCUUUGAUGGUAUUUCUCCUAUAUCUCGGAAGUACACAAUUUAUAGCUCUCCGUUCUCCCUUUUACAAAUUUUUUUUUUUUUGUGGUUUUUCUUUUGUUACUUUUUUUUAUAUAUGAAUAUAUUACUUUGUCUUUUUUUUUUUUUUUUUUUUGCUGUACAAAAAGUCUUAAGAUUUAAAUAAAAUAUUAUUUGUAUUAUAUGAUGGUGGUAUGUUAAUGUUACAAAAUUAUUAAUGAAGAAAAAAAUUUAUUUUUGUUACUGGUCUGUUUCAUAAUUCUUUUUUAAAUUGGUAUAUUGUAAGAUAUCUAUGCAAAA